AUGCUCUGGAACUUUGCCAAACGCUUCUUCUUUGGCGUCCCGUACCCAUAUCUCCAGCUUUCCCACAUCGAUCAGCCCAGCCACUUCUCCAUCUCGGAAAAGAACACUACGGCAUCAAACACCACCUCCAACUUUCUCGGCACUCGCAACCCCUCGCUGCUGUCUGACGUUCCUUUCUUCAACUGGUUCCAGUCCCAGUCGGCCAAUCGCUUCAUCGUCGAUGUAAUCGAGGGCCAAAUCAUCACCUUGCUCGUAGUAGUCGCUUUUAUCCUGGUAUUUCUGAUUCGAGAAUGGGUUGUCCAACAGCAGCCGGUAAUCAACAUGGUGGCUCUGGGCGAUAAUGUCGCUGCACAACAGGCUGCACUCUUGGAAGAGGACGCUCACGUCGAGAAUAUUGCCGUUGACGAGGAUGAACUGGACGAUGCCCUGGAUGUUCUACAUGCCGAGAUGGCCCAAGAAGCUCGCGAGCCGCACAAUGCUGACGCGGACGAACCGACAGUGCCCACCAACAUUGCCCAAGCCAACGAGCACGACGCAUCAGAACCCACGAUACGCCGUAUUCGUCGUUCUUCUUCGCUUCGUAGGGAGCGCGACGAGGUGGUCCGGCGACUGGUACACGAAGGUUUGUCCGAUGAUGAUGUGACUGCUCAAAACCUUGAAGAGUCUCUUCGACAGGCCAUGGGUGCUGAAGCGUCCGUAGACCAGACUCGAGACCAUGACGAAGCCAGCAGCUCAAUAUUCCCUGCACGCACCUCUUCACUUCCCCUGCCCUCAGGCUCAGCGACAGAUGCGACCGAGUCUGAUCUGUCUUCAUCCUGGCAAAGGCCUAACAUGCCAGCACGCGACCGCUCCUUCAUUGCUACAGAGAUCCGUCGCAGCCUAGAAGAAGGCAACACCUGGUCAUUCGACAACGUGCCACAGGCAUCAGAGCCGGCUACUGGCACUUCCGACAUACCAAAUUCUUGGGAAGAUGAUGCCGGAGACCGGCAACGGAAUCAAGAACACGAGGCUGUGUCAGACCAGGAACACCAGAGUGAACAUAGCAGUGGAAGUUGGCAACAGGUUCCUAAUGUCGUGGAUGACUCUGACCAAGCGCUGGAAGGAGAUAGCAAAAACGACAAGGGAAAAGCCAAAACUGUUGACUACAACAACGAAGAUGCAUCAAACGAGCCAGCAUCCUCGAGCGAAAGCAGUGUCGCCGACUCGGACAAUGAGGUUCACGGACAUGAGAGCGACCCCCCUGCAGCUGCAAACCAUGUUCAGCCCGCGGAGCCUCAAGCGCCGGGAAAUGCAAUGAACCGCGUACUGGACUGGAUGUUUGGAGACGUGGCGCCUGCGACGCCAGCAGCUGAUGAAGGAGGCAACGACGAGCACAUUGUUCGUGACCUAGCAGACGAAGCGCCUUUUGUCCCAUUCAUGGGUAAUGAGGCGCGAGAUCACGAUAAUGUCGCUGCACAGGACGCCGACGUGGCUGCUGCCGCUGCUCAAGCUGGUAUUGAUGUCAACGAACAAGAGGCUAUCGAAGAUGCAGAGGAUCUGGAGGGCAUACUCGAACUCAUUGGUAUGCAAGGACCGAUUGUGGGUCUUUUCCAGAACGCUCUAUUCAGCGCGGUGCUGAUUUCUGCUACACUGGCUUGCGCAGUUUGGCUUCCCUACCUCUGGGGAAAAGUUGUCAUUCUCUUCAUGGGAAGCCCCGUCUCACUCUUCAUCAAGCUUCCUCUGCAAGUGGUCGCCGCAAUCACCGACUUCAUUGUCGACGUUACUCUCUUUGUGGUGGCUGGCACGACGUACUGGAGCUCCUACACCAUCUCCAGCCUGGUGAAACUCUGCUCCUGGGGCAAGCUUUCGCAGACUGUAGAGGGCCCACUCCACAAAAUAUCUACGCCUGCAUACUCUCUUGCAGAAAGCGCCAUGGUUCGUAUCGGCAAAAUGUUCAUGGAAUCGCCUCUGUCACCUCGACCUGAUUACUUCCGGCUCUCCGUCAACGCCCAUGCUUCUCUACGAAGCCUGCAAAACACGACUUCGUUUGCACUCAACGAGACCAGCCAUUUUGCAAACGCCAUUAUCGAAGAGAUUUCGGCAGAGUCACCUCUUAAGCUUUUGCUGAGGAUUUUUGGACACUUGCCGGCUCUGGUCCAAAACACUUCUACGGCUGCAUAUGCUCGUGGCAACGCCUUACUUUCAUGGCUGUGGGCUUCUAAAUCAUACAAGAUCACUUUUGAUAUGAACUCGAGCCACACUACUGCUGCAUACACUGCAAUGGAGUAUUGGACAGCAAGUGAUCGUUUGAUUGCCAUUCUGGCUGGCUAUGGGUUCUUCGCCUUGACCGGUGCAGUGUACCUUAAGCGCGGCACUCCUUUCAGUUCAUCACGACAAGGGCAGAAGGUUGAACGCAUCAUUUCCGACAUUCUGCAACAAGCUGGCGGCGUGCUCAAGGUCAUUCUGAUCAUCAGCAUAGAGAUGUUGGUGUUUCCACUAUACUGUGGUCUACUCCUCGACCUUGCUAUGCUUCCUCUGUUCAAGAAUGCGACGCUGUACACCCGGUGGCAAUUUGCUAGGGAAAGCCCUUGGACUUCUGGUUUCGUGCAUUGGUUCAUUGGCACUGGCUACAUGUUCCAUUUUGCACUCUUUGUGUCCAUGUGCCGGAAGAUCAUGCGCAAGGGCGUUUUGUACUUUAUUCGCGACCCAGAUGACCCGACGUUCCAUCCGGUCCGCGACGUCUUGGAGCGUAGCGUUACGACUCAGCUUCGCAAGAUUGCCUUUAGCGCUCUGGUAUACGGUGCGCUUGUCAUUGUUUGCCUGGGUGGUGUAGUAUGGACUUUGAGCCGGGCUACCUCUGACGUUCUGCCAAUUCACUGGACCACUGAAGCACCAUCGCUGGAGUUCCCGCUCGACCUUCUUUUUUACAACUUCCUCACUCCGGUCAUUAUCAAGUUCUACAAGCCUAGCGAGGGCCUGCAUGCCAUGUACAAGUGGUGCUUCCAAAAGUGCGCCGCGUUCCUUCGCCUCUCAAACUUCCUCUUCGGUGACAAGGUUCCAGAGCAAGAGGGCGACGAUGGUAAAUAUGUACGUGCUCCCUCUUCGGAUCAAGCUCGCAUUCCCAAGGGCCAGCCGGUCUUUGUCGAAGUGGACCGAGACAAUGUGCGCAAGGAUGGGCAGAACGAGGGCGGUGUUCACAAUUCGGACCUCGUGGCAAUGGUGUUCAUACCACCGUGGUUCCGCAUGCGCAUCUUUUGCUUCGUGGUGACGAUCUGGGUCUUCAUGGGCUUGUCUGGAGUCAGCGUUACCAUCUUGCCUCUCCUCUUCGGCCGCUACCUCUUCUCGCUUUUCCUUCCACCAACGGUUGAGAUGAACGACAUUCAUGCAUUCUCCCUUGGAGUGUAUACCAUGGGCAGCAUCGGUUAUUCGGGCUAUCACGCAUUCAAGUUUAUAUCAUCACUCAACCGGCGGGUACCAGACCCCAUGUCGACACUCCAGACCAUCGCGGCCACUACUUCACGCAUCGGCGGUCGUGCUCUACGCUUCUCAUACGUCUGGACUAGCCUCAUCUUCGCCAUCCCCUUCCUGUUUGCCGUGCUCCUGGAACUCUACUUCCUCAUGCCACUACACGCGUACCUCGGACCCAAAGAGCCGCAUGUUGUCCACCUGAUCCAGGACUGGACCCUGGGCUUCUUGUACUCUCGACUAGCAGCCAGGCUCGUCUUUGCGAACCGCAACUCCCGUCCUGCACGUGCUUUUGCAGCCGUAGUCCGUGACGGGUACAUGUACCCCAACGCCAAAAUCGCCACGAGAUGCUUUGUGCUGCCCGUCGUGGCCAUUUUCCUCGUCGCCAUCGCCGUUCCGUCCAGUCUGGCGUUCUUCGCCAGCAAGGUCCUGUACCGCGGUGCAAGCGAAGUGACGAAGAACCAGGUCUGGCGCUUCAGCUUCCCUGUCGUGGGCCUGAGUUUAGUCCUUAUGUGGGCUUCUUCUGCUGCCGUCCGCCUGCUCGUCCGCUGGAGACUCGUCGUCCGCGACGAAGUCUACCUGGUCGGCGAGCGCCUCCACAACUUUGGCGAAAAGAAGGCGCCCGCCCGCGUGCCCAGUGCAACGUCGAUGCCCUCGACGGUUGGCGCUGAUGAUGUGAUGGUCAGGUAAAAAAAAAAGCCCUGUAAACCGAGGCCUCAAGUUGUUGAUUCCGACAUGAGUGAUUGGGAAAUGGGAAAUUUGUGUACUUGCUAGUGUAAUUCUUCUCUCUUUUCUUUUUCUAGUCGUCUGGUAGAUUCAUGUCAACAUGGCCAAUUCAAUUCAAUUCAAUUCCC